ACAGACACUGUGCAAUAUUAUUUUCCCCUCUUCCGUUCCGCGUAGCGUUCUUCGAUUAUCAAACCUAAGCCUCAGAAGCAAAAUCUAGCUAGGGUUCAAAACCACGCUCCAAUUUUCAAUUCUCUGUCUUGUACCUCCGAGCUCUUCACAAUUGGAAUGGGCUUGUGACUUCAUUACUUUGCUGGGAGUUAAUAUUUUUUUAAAUUUUUUAAUUGUUGGGGUGAUAAUAUAUUUUGUGACCCAUCAUGGAGAUACAGACUUCUGGCAGGCCAAUUGAGUCCUUGCUUGAGAAAGUCCUUUGUAUGAAUAUUCUGUCAUCUGAUUACUUCAAGGAGCUUUAUCGAUUAAAAACAUACCAUGAAGUUAUUGACGAGAUAUACAAUCAAGUUGAUCAUGUGGAACCAUGGAUGACGGGGAACUGUCGUGGUCCUUCAACUGCUUUCUGUCUUCUAUACAAGUUUUUCACUAUGAAGCUUACUGUCAAGCAGAUGCAUGGACUACUGAAACACCCCGAUUCUCCUUACAUUAGAGCGGUUGGGUUUCUCUAUCUGAGAUAUGUUGCUGAUCCAAAGACUCUGUGGAACUGGUAUGAGCCAUAUGCCAAAGAUGAUGAGGAAUUUUCUCCCGGGUCUAAUGGACGGAUGACUACAAUGGGUGUAUAUAUCCGUGAUUUACUCCUUGGACAGUACUACUUCGACACACUUUUCCCCCGCAUCCCAGUUCCUGUAAUGCGUCAGGUUGUGUCAAAUCUUGAAAAGUUGAAGCUCCCUAUUACACAUUCUGGUACAACUGGGGAAACCACCCGUCAUGGUUCUGAUGACACUGCUCGUAGACCACCUUCUGUGAAAGCUGCCCUUUCAGUCUCUUUUGGUCAGCGUGCGCCACAUCGAGCUUCCACAAGGGAUUCUUCACCCAUUCGUCGUACAUUAGCCCCUCCUCCUCAUGAAAAAAAUGUCAGUGAUGACAUAAGAAAAUCUCCAAGUAAUCGCCGUAGUCAGAGCCGUGAAUAUCCUGAUAGGGACAGGGAGCGGUCACGCUCCCGGGACCGUGAAAGGGAAAGGGACCGGGAACGUGAUAGGGACAGAUAUUAUGACCGAGAUAGGAACAAGGACCGAGAUGCUGAAAGAUACAGGGAUCGGGACCGGGAUAGGGAUCAUGAGAGGGACAGAAGCAGGAGGGAUAGGGAGCGAGAGAGGAGUUACGAUUAUGAUAAGAGGUCUAAGUACACAGAAAGAGGAAGUAGCCGGGAUUAUGACAACAACAUUGGCAAUGGUAGUAGGCACCAUCGUAGUAGGAGCAGGAGUCGGAGUAGAAGUAGGAGCAGGAGCCAAAGUCAGAGCCAAGUUGGCACUGCUCGGUAUGACUCACGUUCUAGUCCACAGAGAGAUGGAAGUAAGAAGACUUCUGCAUCAAGUAAUCUAGCUAAACUUAAAGAUUUGUACGGUGAUUUAGGUAAUAGUAAAGGAGAUGCUAAUGUGGAAAGAAUUCCUAGAAGGGAUAAUGGAGGCGAAGAGGUUAUUAGACUUGGUGGUUCUUCUUGGAAGUAUUGAGAGAUAUCACACCAAUGCUUGUAUCAGAUGUCAGAUAACUAUUUCACUGAAAAAAGCAUACUGGAUCUUGCCCUUUCAUUGCCUUUUAUUACCUCUUGUUUGACAGAAGUUAUAGGUUGAUGAAUGCUAUCUAUAUUAGCAAAUAUAGAUAAUGUAUACUAAAAUUCAUUCCUGGUACAUUGAAUUUCCUGCAUUGUAAUUGCAAGUUUUAGACUUAAUGAUCAUUUUAUGGAUACCUGAUGUACCAUGCUUCCGUUUUUCAGUUGAAACUAAGUUAUUAUAGACUUCUUUAUGUUCU